CUAAGGUUACCAUGUUUUGGACUAGUCUUUCUAGAGUCGGUUCUGCUAGGCCUGGACCGGUUCAAUCGGCAUAACAUUUUUGCCUUCUAAGGUCUCCUUAGAGCUGAACUUUGUACAAUUUAGACAAACAUCGGCUUAGUAGUUUGUUAGGUGAAGAUUGUGUACAAAGAACAUUGAGAGCCAACUACUUGAGCUUGAAAUCCCAACAAAUUCUCAACCAACUCCACUCUUCAUUUCAUAUUGAACUCUUUACCACUACAUAUAUGUAUUUAUUACUAAAAUUUGUUUUAUAUUGUUUUCUAAGUAACAUAGGACUAAAGUGAAAGACAAUGAUAUGCCAUCUUUACAAGUCCAUCAUAUGGUAUGAAAACACCUCAAGGACACUUAGCUUCAAAGCCAAGAAAAGUUUACACUUUCCUCACCUCUAUUAAUCAUCAUCCCAUAUAAUGUUAAGUUUUUGUUUAUAGGAACACAAAUACUAAAAUACAAACCGACACUUACAUUUUUGCUUGUUAGAGGAUACAACCAUGAACUUGAUUAAUUAAUAUAUAUAUAAAAACCUUGUUAAUUUGUCAUUAGCAGAUAAAUGAACUAUAAUCUUAUGAAAAAAAAUCAUUAGUUAGGAAGCAAGGCAACCACUGUUGCGUCAACAUUUACCUACUCAUCACCUUAAGUAUUAUUAUUAUUUUGCGUAUUCACAAAUUUUCAUCACCAAAUAUAAUCUUAAGCAUAUUAUAAACUACCUAAUCCUUGUACAAUACUCAUCUUUUGGCAUAGUCUUUCCACAUAUUAUUUGCAGGCUGAGUAGAAUGAGAUCAUCAAGAACCCAAAGUGUUCAUUUCUUAAUUUCUUAACUUCUCUUGUCCUAAUACUAAUUGUCACAUUUUGAGUACCGAAAUCACAUUUAAAGACACUCAAUCAUUCUCAAUCCUAAAACAUGAAACCUUCAUCACCAAUGUCCUUCACUUCUUCUUCCCUUUCUCCUUCACUUCCAAGAAAAAAACGUCUCUCUCCUUACCUCUUCACACUCUUAACAUUCAUCCUCUUCGUCUGUGUUCUCUAUGGUGAAGACUUCAUGUGCAUCUUUGGCCAGCUUGAACCCACUUUUGCCUUCCAACCUUCUCCAAAACCUAGUAACAAGAAAGCAGAGAAGCUUGCGUUUGCUAUUGGCAAAACAGAGGAAAACUGUGACGUCUUUAGCGGAAAAUGGGUGAGAGAUGAAGCUUCCCGACCACAGUACGAGGAAUGGGAGUGUCCGUACAUCCAACCUCAGCUUACGUGUCAAGAACGCGGACGUCCCGACAAAGAUUACCAGUUCUGGCGGUGGCAACCUAAUCACUGCGAUCUUCCCUCUUUCAACGCCACGUUGAUGUUGGAAACACUGAGAGGGAAGAGGAUGAUGUACGUAGGAGACUCGUUAAACCGUGGCAUGUUUGUAUCAAUGAUCUGUCUUCUUCAUCGUGUCAUCCCUGAUGAUCAGAAAUCCAUUAAAACUACUGGUUCCCUCACUGUCUUCACUGCCAAGGAGUAUAACGCGACGAUAGAGUUCUAUUGGGCACCGUUUCUUCUAGAAUCAAACUCAGAUGAUGCUAUUGUCCAUAGAAUAUCAGAUAGGGUUGUGAGGAAAGGGUCAAUCAACAAACACGGUCGUCAUUGGAAAAACGUUGAUAUAAUCGUCUUCAAUACUUAUCUAUGGUGGAUGACUGGCUUGAAGAUGAAGAUACUGCAAGGAUCGUUUGAAGAUAAAGAGAAGGUUAUCACAGAGGUUUCUACUGAAGAUGCUUAUAGGAUGGGGAUGAAGAGCAUGUUGAGAUGGGUGAAGAACAAUAUGGAUCGUAAGAAAACUAGGGUUUUCUUCACAAGCAUGUCUCCAACUCAUGCCAAGGGCAUAGAUUGGGGAGGUGAACCGGGACAGAACUGCUAUAACCAGACAGCACUAAUAGAAGAUCCAAACUACUGGGGCUCAGAUUGUCGGAAAAGCAUAAUGAAAGUGAUUGGAGAAGUGUUUGGGAGAUCGAAAACACCGAUAACGUUACUGAACAUAACGCAGAUGUCAAACUAUAGGAAAGAUGCGCACACUUCGAUAUACAAGAAGCAGUGGAGUCCACUUACGACGGAGCAGCUAGAGAAUCCUACGAGCUAUGCGGAUUGUGUGCACUGGUGCUUGCCUGGCCUUCAAGAUACUUGGAAUGAACUUCUAUUUGCUAAACUUUUCUAUCCUUGAGAAGCAAAGAAAACAUGUCUUAGGUUUGAAGAAAGAUACCGUUUUGUUUUUGUCUUUUAGUGUGGAAAGAGGCCUUGUCGAGAAAUUGUAAAAUGUAGUCAUUGAAUUUAUAUUGACUCGUUGUGGUUAUAAGACAAAAGGGUAUUGAUUCGAUGCUCUUGCAUUGGAAGAUAACUUUGUUUUUUUUUUCAACGUUA